CCCACGGCCCAAGCGGGACGGGACGGGGGCGCCGGGGGCCAUGCGGGGCCAGGGCCGCAAGGAGAGUUUGUCCGAUUCCCGAGACCUGGACGGAUCCUAUGACCAGCUCACAGGCCACCCUCCAGGGCCCACUAAAAAAGCGCUGAAGCAGCGGUUCCUCAAGCUGCUGCCUUGCUGCGGGCCCCAAGCCCUGCCCUCAGUCAGUGAAACAUUAGCAGUCCCAGCCUCCCUCCGCCCCCACAGACCCCGCCCGCUGGACCCAGACAGCGUGGAGGAUGAGUUUGAAUUGUCCACCGUGUGUCACCGGCCAGAGGGUCUGGAGCAGCUGCAGGAGCAAACCAAGUUCACACGCAAGGAGUUGCAGGUCCUGUACCGGGGGUUCAAGAAUGAAUGUCCCAGCGGAAUUGUCAACGAGGAGAACUUCAAGCAGAUUUACUCUCAGUUCUUUCCUCAAGGAGACUCCAGCACAUAUGCCACUUUCCUCUUCAAUGCCUUUGACACCAACCAUGAUGGCUCUGUCAGUUUUGAGGACUUCGUGGCUGGUUUGUCGGUGAUUCUUCGGGGAACCAUAGAUGACAGGCUAAACUGGGCCUUCAAUCUGUAUGACCUCAACAAGGAUGGCUGCAUCACCAAGGAGGAAAUGCUUGAUAUCAUGAAAUCCAUCUAUGAUAUGAUGGGCAAGUAUACGUAUCCUGCGCUCCGAGAGGAGGCCCCAAGGGAGCAUGUGGAGAGCUUCUUCCAGAAGAUGGACAGGAACAAGGAUGGCGUGGUGACCAUUGAGGAAUUCAUUGAGUCCUGCCAGAAGGUACAAGUCCCUGCACUCCAUACUUCCCUGGUCUGGACUCAGGGUCCGAUUCAGUGAUGUAGGAGAAAGCUCCUUUGGGCAGAUUAUCAUCUCCCUAACUUGCCCACACUCCUGAGUCCUAUUCCUUCACAACUCAGGGAGGCCUGCCCCUCCCUUACAAGUCUCUCUGGGUGUCUCCUUCCUUGCUGCCUCUGUCUCUGAAUGUUCCCAUUUCAGAAUGAAUGUCCCUCUCUAUGUCUCUGAUAAGCUCUUUUUAUUUCUCUCUCUCUCCAAUCUGCUUCUCUCACAUCAUGGCUACAGGACGAGAACAUCAUGAGGUCCAUGCAACUCUUUGACAAUGUCAUCUAGCUCCCCAGGAGAGGGGGUCAGUUUUCCUGGGGGGACCAUGCUCUAGCUCUAGUCCAGGUGGAACUCACCCUUCUCUUCCCAGGUCUGUCCUCAUUCUAGCCCUGCCCUGGGGGCUGUAGGAAUCCAAGAGCCUGGGGAUUCAGUGGUCCAGACUGCUGGAGCUAAAGGGGCCAGGGAGUGGGCAGAGUGUACCUGUGGAGUGUUCCCAACUCCCAACAGCUCCCACCCCCUUCCUGCCUAACACUCAGUGCUGAGGGUGCCCCUGCUAAUAGGAAAUAAGUGGUUCUCCACCUUCCAUCCCUACUCUAGAAACUACAACACUAGACAAAAUGUCUCCUGCUAUGGUGCUUCCCCUAUCUCUGAUCUCAUAUGCAUUUCCUCUAAGAUUUCCUUCUCAGAGAGGCUACUCUGUCAAUGGCACUGACUAGCCUGUUAGACCAGGGCCUUUGAGAGCCUUGUAGAGGGGGACAAGAAUGUAAAGGCAGAAAUCUUAGGCCUGAGCUGGGUGUUUAGGUCACAGGUGGCUGGGAUAGAGUGCAGAAGGGCCUGGAGAUUGUAACACCUCAGGCAUGCCAGACUAUAGGUCUAAGCUCCAUAGGUCUGCCACCCCAGGCCAUCAUAACAUGAGUUUCUAGGCUCUCCAGAAGACUCUGUCUCCUAGGAAAUGCCCCAGAAAUUUCCAUACUCUCCUCAGUAUCCCAGGAGAGCUUAGGAUCUUGAUGUCUGGCUCAUCCCUGGAAUUCCUUCCUUUCCUUCCUUCCUGUUUGUGUGGGUGGUAGCAGCAGCAGGGGAAUAUGGGUGGGAGACGUCCCAGCUGAUACCUGCCAAAGUUUCAGCCUACCCUCUCUGAUGGCUGCCACUUAAGUUUUUAUUUGCCAUUUAUUCUAGACUUGGAGGCAUGGAGUGAGUCAGUGGAUGCCUUAGAAGAAAGGGGAAGGAGGGAGGCAUGUAUAACAUCUGAAACCAGUGUGGGGGCAUUCACUAGAAUCUUUGGUCUACCCAGGCUCUAUUCUAACCCCCCACAUAACCUCCUCAGUUCCUACUUAGGGUGUCCUCUUGUUCUAUUCAGUCUACCCAGAGAUGCCCCUGAACACACCUAGAAGGCAGGGACCACUCUUGCCAUGCUGCCCCCCUUUAAUAUACUUGCUCGUUCCAUUUAGCUCACUCUCCCAGUCAGUCAGGAUCUGAGGGUUAGGGCCCUAAGGGGGGUCCCUUUCCCAUCAGAACACUGUUGACUGCUUUGCAUUUUUGGCUCCUCUGUAUAUUUUGUAAAAUAAAAAAUAUACCAGAUCCAAUAAAACACAAUGGCUAUGCACA